UUCGCGAUCGACCCGUUCAAUAACGUUAACAAUAAAUUCAAUCGAAGUGAAGUGUCGUGUUACAACCCGAACGAUCCAGCAAAACUGCAAUAUCAGCAGUCGCCGCUGUGUAAUUAACCGCGUGCAACCAAAGUGAGCGUCCGAUAAAAAAAACGCAAGUAAAACUGCCAAUUCACACGUAGCAAAACUACGUGAUGAAUGAGCACCAGUUCCCCCGCUGGGGGGAACCCUCCGGCGGAUGUCUCGCUGGAAAAGUGAUGGUACUGGAGAGGAAGGAGGAGGGAAAAAGCUUCCAUGGUGUAUCUCCAGUGCUAGUGGAAAAAUUCAUCCAAAGUUUCUGCGGUGAAGUCCACAGUGCAAAAAAAACCCGCGAUGGAAAAAUUUUUGUGACAGUGAAGAACGAGAGCCAGGCAAGAAAUCUGGCUAAAAUGGAAAAGAUGACCGACGGAAUAACGGUCAACGUUUACGAACACAAAACCCUAAAUUCGUGCAAAGUGGUCAUUUUCUGUCGUGAUGUUAGGGAAGAUAGUGAUACGGAUAUACUAGCGAUGCUCUCGGAACAGGGAAUAACUGAAGUGAAGCAAAUUAUGAAAGGAAGAGAAGAAAAUAAAACCUCUACGGGAAUCUUUGUCCUCACUGUCAAAGGCACCAAGCCACCAAGUGAACUUAAACUAGGUUACAUUGUGCUUGAAACUCGUCCAUGGUACCCAAAUCCGCUGAGGUGCUUCAAGUGCCUCAAAUUCGGACACACAAGUAAGAACUGUUCCAGUGAAAAAAAAUGCAGCAAGUGCGGUGAACUAUACCACGAAGAAUGUACCAACAGCGAAAAAUGUAUCAACUGUGGAAACAAACAUGGCGCAUUCUCUAAGGAAUGCCCUACCCUGAAGCAAGAAAAAGCCAUUACAAAAGUGAAAGUGGAUAAAAACAUCUCUUUCUGGGAAGCAAGGAAAAUUGUGGAAAACGAGGGUAAAUCAACAUAUUCGGAUACCCUUAAAUCAUCACUGAAGAGGCAGACUGAUGAAAAAAUCGCACAACUAACCGAACAAAACAAUCUGUAUCGUAACCAAAUCCAACAGUUAGAAGAAGAGAAGAAAUCACUAGCAGAAUCCAUCAAACUAGACUACGACACUCAUUACGAAAAUCUGCUGAAGCAAUACCAGGACGAAAACGAAAAAAAGUUCGGAAAAAUGGAAGAAAACUACGAAGCCAUCCACAACAAAUUUGAAAAACUUGCAUCAGUAUACCAAGAAGAAAAACAAAGAAAGGCAGAGAAAGACCUCGAAAAACUCCAAGAAAAUUACGCUAAGCUAGAAAACAUACUAAAACAACACGGAUAUAAAUCCGCCCCCAAACAUAGAAAUCAAGAUAACCCCGCGCCGUCACCGCCCAGGAAAAAGAAAGCCAACCACAAGAUGGCACCAGCCAAGGAAGUGGAUUACGUCGACUCAGAAUCUGAAAACACCGACGAUCAACCCGACGAACACAUGGACCAGAAACCCUGAUACAAACAAACCAGAACACCAAACACCACCAAACUCGA